GAAGUCCAGCCCAUCAUAGAGGAAGCAGAGGCUGAGCAGCAACAUGAGGUCCUGCAGAGACGACUGACUGAGCUGCAGCAGCAUCACGACCGCGAAGCUGGAGGAGCAGAUCCACCACCCCACACAGCUUCCAUCAAACAUCUUAAGGCCGAGGAGUUCAGCGGGCUCUUCAGGGAUACUGAAGAAGAUGUGAAUGAAGCAUCUUUGAGGAGGAAUCCUCUGACUGUAGCAUCCGUACAGAUGAAUCAGCGUUCCCAGGACCCUAAUGCUACAUCAAAGCUUUGCUCCUAACUGACUUCCUGCCAUCUGCAUCAUCUACGGAGUGAAUUUCCAGCUGCUGAAGUGACUUCAGCACCGCAGCAGCUGGAGGAGGGAGGAUCUCUGGACAGCUUCAACACAACAAUGACGAGCAAAAGCAGCACAUGAAAGAAAGCAUUCAUCUUUGUUCAGGGUACGAAUCUCGCUCUCCAGCAUGAAUGGGUGGGCGUGGCCUCCUUAGCAGAGCCGGCGUCCAGAAAACUGAGCUCAAACCUUUAGAGGAGUCGGCUCCAAAGACCAAAUCCAGACCGCCGAAGGCAAAGCUAAGGAGGGACCAUCUCCUCCGUCGAGGACCUGAUGGCUACGCCCAUCCUCCACAGAUGGGUGGGGGCAUCGGCAGGAGGCCUUCAGUAAAACACACGUCUCCACGACAACAUGGACAACAUGACCGAGUUUGACACCCUUGACCCCUUCAGCAGUGAGGCGGCGUCCUCCGAGACAGUUAAACCAAACAUCUUCCAGGUUUCUCUUACAGGAUUUCUGAUUCUGGAGAUGGUGCUGGGCCUAAGUUCUAACCUCACCGUGCUGGUUCUGUACUGUCUCCAGCAGAACCUUAUCAGUUCUGUCUCCAACAUCAUCACCAUGAACCUGCAUGUACUGGAUUUGCUGGUGUGCAUCUGCUGCAUCCCGCUGACCGUGGUGAUGAUUCUCCUUCCUAUGGGGGCCGGCACAGACACCAUCUGCUGCUUCCACGAGGCGUGCGUCUCAUUUGCAAGCGUAGCAACGGCUGCCAACGUGCUGGCCAUCACCGUGGACCGCUACGACAUCUCCGUGCGGCCUGCGAACCGCGUCCUAACGCUAGGCCGCGCUGUGGCUCUGCUGGCGGUCAUUUGGGCUCUUUCAUGCCUCAGCUUUUUGGUUCCAUUCAUAGAGGUGGGCUUCUUCGUGGGUUCUGGAGUAAACCAGACUGCGGUGGUGGCUGUGGAUCAUCCAAACAAAUACCAUACGGGGCUGUACUAUCACCUGCUCGCGCAGAUCCCUAUUUUUUUCUUCACGGCCAUGGCAAUGUUAGUGACUUACUACAAGAUCCUGGGAGCUUUGAACAUUCGCAUUGGAACGCACUUCCAUCACAACUUAGGGAAAAAGAAGAAAAAGAGUAAAAACACCGUCAGCACUGCCUCCACAGCCGGCAGCAGCUCGGGGGUCCGGGCAGAAGCAAGCGCUCCUUUAGGCAUGCAGACAUCGGUGUCCGUCAUCAUUGCACUCAGAAGGGCCAUGAGACGGCACCACGAGAGAAGAGAGCGGCAGAGACGAGUCUUCAGGAUGUCCCUGUUGAUCAUCUCCACCUUCCUUCUAUGCUGGACUCCCAUAACUCUGCUCAACAUCUUCAUCCUGAGCACCGGACCCAGCGACCUGACCCUUCACCUGCGCCUGGGCUUUCUGGUGAUGGCUUACGGGACCACCAUCUUUCACCCGCUGCUUUACGCCUUCACCAGGCAGAAGCUCCAGAAGGUUCUGAAGAGCAGAAUGAAGAGGGUGGUCUCUGCUGAUGGAGACGAGCACGCGGUGGGUAAUGUCGUCAUGGGCGACGCCAGGACUAAGAACAGAAGAAACAUGAAAGGCAACUUCAAAGAGCCAGAGACCAGGCAGACACGUCUGCACAAACAGGACGCAGAGUAACAAGAUCCAGGUGGGAGUGGAAACUACAAGGAAAACGAAGCCACCAAUCAGGUGGAGAGACAAUUAAUGGAAGUGUACAGAUGUUCUCAGAAGUUUACACACCCGGGAAGAAAUUGGGAUUUCUUGGUCCUUUUCCAUAGAAUAUGAAUGAUAACAAAAACUGAAGUUUGGUUGUUUUUCCAUUUUCAGUCAGUCAGUCCUUUUCAACACCAGCUUGCCUAUUUCGAAUUAAUCUAUCAAUGCAAUCGGCACUAAAAUGGAAACAAAAGUCCCAAUUUCAAAAGGAAAAACUCUUAAAAUGUUCUGUUUUAAUACAUAUAUAUAUUAUUUUUAAUCAAAAUUAAAGCACGUUUUUCUCCA